CAACAACUUAAAGGCAAAAUUACAAAAUCAUUUAACAAGCUUGAAUAUUUUGUGUAAAACUCAUCGCUUUCACUAUAUGCAUCAGCAGUACUUGCCUUGUAUGUACUUGGUAUUAGAUCAGGAAGACAAUUUGCAGUAUCGCCCAAAAGGUCACUCUGGGGUGAAUAUUUCAUCAUAGGUAUGAUACCUAUGAUGCAUGAGCAACAAAUUAAAGGCAAAACCACUCGAUGACCUUAAGCAUUUUCACUAGAAAGUAUCGGAAUGUUUUUAAUUAGUUAAUUAGUUAAUUAGUUCAACCGUCAUAAGUGAAUUCCUGUGUGGUAGCAUUGUGGAACACUUUUCUAGUUAGCAUUAAGAGCUCUCUGGAUGUGAAAUAGCACCCCUAUAGUCACUUGUACACUGGUAUCACCCAAUAUAGUACAUAUAAUCAGACAUAAAUAUGAUUUAUAAUUAUUAAAAAAUAAAUAAAUUGACAGGAAGUCAUAGAAUUAUGGGAUACCUGCAAUACCUGCAAUAAAAGCCUGUUGUUCUGGCCAUCCAGUCAGAUCUUAGGCACCUCAUCGAACAUUACAGUCACCCUACUGACAUCUAGUGACCGGUGUUGAGUACUACAUUUCAUCAAAGUCUUUGAAUGCGUCUUUUGAAUACAUUACAAUCUGUAAUUGUACUUCAUUUAUACUUAAUUCUGUCAGAAAAAUACAUACAUAAAUAUGCCCAUUAUUUGAUUUAGAGGCCAUAUUCAACCAUAGGUAUCAGCAAUACCGGUCCUGUAUUUACUAGUAUCACCACAAAGGGAACAUAUUUAAUCUGAAUUAUGCUCUUAUGUCUAGCCUAUGUCUAGCUAAUCUAGCUACUAUGUCUAGCUAGUUUGACGUUAAGAAAGCCAGAAAGGCCGUCAGCCGUCCACUCACCUGUUAUUUGUAAUGUUUCUCUUUAUGAUGUGUUUCCCUGUGACAUCAUUGGACUUAUCGUCUAUAAAUUCAUGCUUGUAUAACAUCUAUGGCCUUAUUAGGAAAAAAAAUAUAUGAUUUUUUUUUUUGAAAAAGGGAGACAAAAUGGAUAUUUUCUUUGGGUCCCCAUCGUAUAACAGACACUUUCUACGAUGGAGAAAGAAAUAACAGAUGCUGUGUUUCCAUUAAUGAAGACACUCAUUUCGAAGAAGCUGGAGUUUCAAAAAACGAAACUUUUUAUCGAGAGGCUAAGUUUUGCGUUGCAGGAGAAGUUUGCAGGGCACUGGUACCCUGAAAACCCCAGCAAGGGGGAAGCUUACAGGUGCAUACGAGUGAACCAGUAUGACAGUCAUGAUCCGGAACUCCUUCGGGCCUGUCACGAGAGCGGGCUGCAGUUUUGUGACCUGCGGUUGCCUCUUGAUUUUACCCUCUGGAUCAACCCCGGAGAGGCUUUUUGUAGGAUCGGCGAGGACAAUCCUCCCUUCUCCGUGGCGAGCGUCGCCGCCAUUUACGAGGAGGACUCGGCAAUGAAGAUGUCGGACACAUCAGACAGCGAGAUGUCGGACUACAACUUGUCUUCGUCCUCCGAUGAGGACACAAACGCUUGGUUUCCCAUGAGCUACUGCACCGAGCUGAAUCCACUCGCUCCGGCCUGGUACCCUACCGGGUAUCCUGAAGGGAAAGGUACCAGGGAAAAGUCACGUCCCUCCAAGGUCUUGCAGAAGAACAUACUGAAGCAGUCUGCUGCCUUUGUGAGGACAAUAAAAAUGACAUAAAUAUGAAACAACCACUCCAUUUCCAUCUCCAGUCAUAUCCGUAUCGCCAACGGCAAUGGUGGAGACGCUUAGAUGACAUUUAAUGUUUUGUCACAAAAUACAUCUUAUUUAUACAUCUAUAAUAUACAUCUAUGGUAACCUAAGUCCAGACUUAAUCAUCCUUUGGGUAUGUUUGCCUGUACUAGUCUGGAAUACUCAACAUCCAAAUGUCACAUGCUUUGUUGGCACGCACCUCUGAUCAUUUAAAUGCUUUUUAAAAUUUUUUUAUUCAACAUCAGAAGUGUCCACAAAGUGCGGCCCACAGGCCAUUUCCGGCCCGCGCCUGGGUUUUUUAUCAGCCUGCAGCACAUUCAAAAAAUGGAAUUAAGCAAUAAAAUUAAAACACAAGUCAUCAGUAAUUUUACCAGAAUAAUACUAAGAUAAAGAAGUUGUCAUUUAAUGCGGGAAAAGUCGUAAUUACACAAGAAUAAUGAUAAAAAUCAUAAAAAAAAUCAUAGGGCACA